AGUUUCCUCUAGCAUUGUCUCUUUCACACAUACACGCACAUUUACACUUUAACAGAAAUGAAGACAACUAACUAACCUCAUCAUCGUCUUCUGUCGAAAUGUAUGAAUACUCAUUCAAGUGACCUAUACGGAGAAAUUAAUAAUUCACUAAUCGUAAUAAUAAUAACAGUAAUAUUUAUUGGGAAUCGGUCAUUAUCAAUUGUAAUUACAUGUUCAAUUGACUAAAAAUCCAAUUUAAUUUAUUCAUACAGAUUUUGGGUGUUGUAGCUAUUGUUGUCUGCUGUGAUUAUUUGUCUAGAGGAUGCAAAAUGACCCAUGAUGCAUCCUACUAAUAAUUCUUGAUUCACUUUUAGUGUGUUGUUCAAUUUUGUUUAAAUUAAGUACUUGCUAAUCACAAAUGUGACAUUGAACAUACAUUUAUUUUGUGCGUCAUUUUCAAAAAUAAAAGUGUUUAACACUCCGAAAAGAAUAAGUAACGUGUUGAAGAAAAUUUAAAAAGGAAAUGUCCAGGCAAUUAUUUAUGAAAUUAAUUGAAAAAUUCUACAAUUUUUCUAGAUUAAAUCAUCUUAUUACUAUGUCAUAUAUAUGUAAUACUAUUCAUUUAAAACAAUACUAUAAAAUGAUAAGAAAUUUACUGGACUCAACUAUCGAAAUAUUUUACAACAGAUGUGUAAAAAGUAUUCUAGCGUUAAGCUGAAUUGCAAACAAUUGAAGACAAUUAAACACUUUACAGUUCACCAAAAGUAUACAGAAAAGUUUAGGCAUUUUUCUCAAACGAUCAAAUCAUUACCAUCAUUGUCGGAGCAAAGACAAUCCAACAUAACACCAGUGAAAGCAAAAGAAAUAAACAUCUUGUCUAAGAUAUGCUACUUAUUAAAUGCCAAAUUUAUGCAACCAAAAUUUUAUCGGUUUUACAAAACUACAUAUACUCCUAGUUUAUUUUUAUACUUGUGCGUAAUAAUAAUGAUAAUUUUCCUACCAGUUUCAUUAUCCUAUUCUGUACCUGCUUCGCCAACGUCCUUAUCAUUGACAUCAGCAAGGACAUCAUCGUAUAAAUUUGUCAGUAAGAGACAACAAUUUAUGAAUCUAAAAUUGUUACGUCAUAUGGGUGAGAAGAUAUUAAGAAGUGGAGGUGUAGUGACUCAAUUAUUUGACGCAAUAGAAUUCUCCGUUGUACAUGAACGAUCCAUUCCUUAUUUAAAUAUUCAAUAUUUCAUUGGCUACAAUAGAUCCUUAUGGCUUACUCUAACACCGUGUACAAAUGUGUUAAAUCGGGUGGAAUUCUCGGCAUCAUCUACUUACAAUGCGCCAUGGGAAGAAAGUAAAACCCACGCUCUACGGGUGACAAAAUCAGAAAUGUAUAGAUCAAAUUGGCCUUUUCAGAAAGUAUGUAUAGAAUUAUUUCCGGGUGAAAAGUAUCCACCGAAAUAUACUUUAACAAAUCAUAAUGAUACUAUUCUACAUUCACAGCGUUCACGUAUACAUUAUGCACAGAAUAAGUAUAAUGCCGAUAGUUUAAAUAUACGUUUAUAUGGUGGCAGUCUUGGUGAUGCGUAUAAUGUUCGUUUGAGUACACGUUGUUCCCCAGGUCAUGCCUAUGAUGGGUAUCCAAUGUUGGACAAAUCACCAAAUAUAUCUGUAUGCUUAAUAGAAAAUACAAAUGACACAUUGGACAUAUCAUGGAAUCAAGUAGAAAAUGGAGGAAUGCAAAUAAAUUAUUGUGUCGUUGUCAAUGCAGAUGAAAAUCUUUAUUACAGAUGUACUGCGAUGGCAAGAUUGAAUCAAUCUUCUAACUAUGAAACAAAGGAAAAGCUUAAGCGGCCUAAAGUAUUUCGAGAUACUGAUCAUUUUAGACCAGAAUUGAUCGAUAAUUAUGUAUAUAAAUGUACCAAUAAAUCGAUAACACGAAUUAGAUUAUCCCCUGUAUUAACCAGAGUAUUAAACCAAUUAUCUAUGAAUAAUUCCCUGAAAUUAUUCAUCAAUAUAUAUGCAGUUAAUAAACUUGUGGAUGUCAGUUCAGCUUAUCCUGUCAAAAUUAUUCAACAUUAUAUAGAGAAAUGUGAAACUCGACGUCAUGUCAAUGAUAUUCAAGUUUCAUAUGAACCGUAUAUAUUCAAAUUAUUAUGGAAUUCUGAUGUAUCAUUUCAAUGGAAAUCAAGUCGGAAAACUGUUCAACUUUAUUAUCAACCAUGUAAUUUACCUAUGGAUAAGUCUAUAAAUUAUACAAUAUCUCUGAUUAGACAAUCAUUUUCAGAAAAUGUAUCAGAAUCACCAGAGAUGAAGAAGUUAUGCGAAUAUUCAAUCAUUAAUCAUCAUGUACUGCAGAUGUGUUUAAAUUCAUCUACUGAUGGAGUCUACUUUCUACAGUUAAAUGGUGAUGUGAAAUUUAAAAAUGGAGUACCAGUGGGAAGAUAUUUUUUCCUUACUUCUAAUGCUACAAAUUUGCUGCCUAAAAAGCCAAAACAUACAGAUUACCCUACAGAUAUAUUCAGUAUUACUAUUCAACCGUCAAGUAGUCAGACCAUUUUUCAAAUCCCUCCAUUUAUUCUACACAAUAGUAGACAUUAUCAUUUCACCGCCAAGCAUCGUGUAAAACGCAACAAUCAUGGGUAUUAUUCACGUCAAAUGAGAUCAAGACAAAAGUUAACUAAACGUCUUUCGAAUUUCAUGUCAACUAAGAUUAAUAGAUAUUUAAUGAAAAGUAGCAUUCCUUCUGUCUUACUUAAUCAUCAUCAUCAUCAUCAUCAUCGUCAUUAUGUUAGUAAACAUAUGGAAAACAUUCCAAACUUUUUAAAACGUCGUUCAUUGCGUAAUUCAAUGAAAAAUGGUUUUCAUAUUGGUGUUGAUUGUACAUUACAUCAGUUGUAUAUCAGUUUAACAAUUCAUAUAAAUCCACAGAAUUAUUGGAUAUAUACCUUACCAUUAGCAUGUCAUUUAACGAAUAAUCUAACUUUUUUAUGGAUUUAUAUCAAUAAUAUGGAACCUCUUCGUCAUUAAAAAUUUUUUUCUUUUGAUUUCUGUCUACUAAAAUUAGACAGACUAUUGUGGAUUUUUUGAUUAUGGAGUCUCAUUACCCAUUCGAAAAUUGUAUAAACCAAUACUUUGUCAAACAACACAAGGUAUGCAAACACUUGAAUUAACUAUACCUGCAUAUCAUCGCCAAGAUUAUCCAAGAUAUUAUUUAAUUCUAAUAUAUGCAUCAGCUAGUAAUGAUACAACUGGUAUAUAUAAACAAUUAUUUGUACGUCAGAUAUUGGAUACAUGUAAUAUUAUUUCAAAUGGUUGUUAUCCUAAAGCACCGUCAAAUUGUCGUCAAACUUUUCCUUCACACCUACCAUCAACAUUUGAUCCAUUAAUGUCUAGUUCAGUGAUAUUAACUUCAAAUUCAUCUAGUCAAAUACCAGUCUGUAUGAUAGGCGAGUAGACGAUGAAUGAGUGAGUAAAACAAACGUGUGUCAAUGUUCAAUACUGGAUUUAAACAAUCAACCUUACCUUGAGUGUAUAUAAUCAAUACUACAUUCAUUGCAUUUACAUUCUUUUAAAGUAGAAAGAGAAUUUUAUCUACUGUGUGUAUAUUUUGAUUGUUUCCUCAACACUUUCAAAAGUAUUUCGGAAAGAAAUAGUCUGAAAUUACAGUAAUUGUCUUUUGAUGACUGUUCUAUAUGUUGUUUCACCCGGUGGUAAUCGCAUAAGUGUGUGUGUGUGUGUAUGAGUUUCAGCCAUCAUAACCACCUCUUCUUUCCUUAACUUGACUUUGUCUUUCUUUGAUAUGGUUGAUUUCCCAAAAUAAGCAAAAAUAUCCUUCUUUUCGACAUAUUCACCAUUCAACAUCAUUUAAACAUAUUUGUUCAAUUCAAUUUUCUAUUUGUUUGUUUUUGUAUACGCCUACUGAACAUUGAAUGGAAGUGUGAAUUAAGAAAAAAAUUAAACACUAAAGCAGUCUUCGGUUUCUUUUUAUUGUUGUGUUAUUUCAUUUGAAAGAUAAGAAAAUAAUAUUUUUGGAUAUA